CCCCGGGCGGUGCCCGGUGCCGGCCCGCCCCGUCGGCGAGCGGCGGGCGCGGGGAGCCGGGCGGCGGCAGAGCUGCGGGGCGCGCCAUGCUGCCCGCCGCCCUCCGCCGCUGGCUUCGCCGGCCCAAGCGCUCCGACCCCCGCCUGCUUUCCCAGUUCUUCUAUGCCGACGAGAGGGUGACGCAGGUUGUGGCCGAGAUCAACAGGCUGGAUGCAGAGCUGGACCCGCAGCAGUACCUGGUGCUCCUCAACCAGCUGCACCUCAGCCAGGCUCACUUGCUGGCUAUCCUGGAGCGGAUCAUGGAGGAGUGCAUCCCCAUGCAGCGGCACAGCCGGGACUACAUGGUCAAGUUCCCCGAGGAGCUCUUGGUGGACAACCUGGGCAACCACAUGCUGUUUGCUGCCGAGUGUCUCCUGGCUGGGACCUUCCUGGAGGUGGAGGAGGCAGACGGGGCACAGCUGAGGCCCCAGGCCAGGAACCUGCUGUGCAGCCUGGAGCUGGUGCGGACGGUGCUGCGGGAGCAGAGCCUGAGCCAGCCCAGCUCCUACCCAGAGCCCAUCCGUGCUGUGCUCAUUCAGUUUGACCGACUCUUUGCAGAAUUUGAGCUGAGCUACGUGUCCUCGCUGGUGGUGGUCAAGUCUCCCGAGGAGAUCUACAGGCAGCAGGAGAUCAUCGUGCUCUUCUGCGAGACAGUGGAGAGAGCCCUGCGCCUGGGCUACCUGACCCAGGAGAUGAUUGAUGGCUACGAACCGCUCCUGAUGUUCACCAUCCCUCGCCUGGCCAUUAUCAGCGGCCUCCUCAUCUACCCUGAGGGUCCCCUCAGCCUGGAGCAGAGCCCUGAGCAGAUGUCCCGGGUCUUUAGCCCCUUCUACAACCUCCUGAAGAAGAUCAGGGACCUGCUGCGGGUGCUGUCAGAGGAGGAGCUCUGCCUGCUUGAGAGGAGCCUGUGUACAGCCGAGUCAGAGGAUCCCUGCAGUCCAGCCUCCCCCCAGGCUUGGGGGACAGCUGUGCCCAGAGCAGACGCCCCUGCUCCCUGGGGUCUCCUGGAGGUCCCCCAUGCCACCCCACCAUUCCCCACCUGCAUGGCCUGGCUGGGACCCUCUGGAACAGUGGACAACCUGGGCACCGAUCGGCAGUGGGGCCCCCAGACCCCUGGUAGCAGCCCAGGGCUUGAUGCCAGCCCAGGUGCCCGCUGCUCAGAGCUGCGCUCCCAUUACAGCAGCACCAAGGACAUGCUGCACACCCUCUUUGUCUGCAUCUCGGGGGUGGCUGAUCAGCUCCAGACCAACUUUGCCAGCGACCUGCGGAGCAUCUUGAAAACAGUUUUCAAGAUCGUCACCUCGCAGGUGGAGCCCUCAGAGGAGCCAGGUGCCAGCCAGGAAGAGGAUGGUGACCCAUGCGUUGCAGAUGUUCCUCGUAUGGCCGACUGUCCCCUGUGUUCCAGCCCCGCAGAGGCUGUCGGGCUCCAGAGUGCAGCAGGCACCCGCCGCCUGCCCGAGUGGGUGCCGGACAGCACGUGCAGCCAGUGCUCUGCCUGCCGCUUGCCCUUCACCCUGCUGCGCCGCCGGCACCACUGCCGCAGCUGUGGAAAGAUCUUCUGUGCCCGCUGCUCACCACACACUGCAGCACUGCCACACUAUGGCCAGCCGAAACCUGUGCGCGUCUGCACACACUGCUACGCUACCCACCUCUCACCCACAUCCCGGCGCCCUUGGAGCCACUGAGAGACCCCUCCCUGUGCCAGAUCUGCGUCCACAGGAGGCUGCGGACGAGGGUGAGGGGUGAAAAAAUGGCCACGCCGGGGCUGCUGGGCGGCUCUGCAGCCCCAUGACUCCCUUUGGAGCCGGUUGGGCAUGGCAGCAGGAUGCCCCACGUGUGGUGGUAGAACCCCCACUCACAGCAUCAGCCUGCGCUGCGUGGGGUGCAGGACCGCCUCACCCGGUGUGCCGCAGCCGAGCCCUGCUCCUGGCGAGCCGGUGCUGCUGCUGUGCACCUGUGUCCCCCACCCGGCCUGGAAAUGUCCUCCGUGGUGGUGGUUUGUGUUUUUGUUUUUUUUUGUUUUUUUUUUUUGCUUUUUCCCUUUCCAGGUGAACUUUGGCUGCUCCGGGGCAGAGUCUCCCCACCGAGGCCUGGCCUGAGACGCUGCAAACAGCCCCCACGUGACGUGACGGCGGGUGCUCCGAGGCUGGCCCUCGCCCCACCUCGCCCGUGGGGCCCGGCACUCCCUUCCCCUCCCCCUCCCCUCGGGUUUUAAUAAAGAGCUAAACCCG